AUGGCUUCCGCACACAACUCAACGUUCUCCGCGUCUACCCAGCACCGGGCGCUCGGUGACGGACGCGCUUCCUUCAGUCAGGAUGGCUCGGUAGACGGGAGUUGGAUCGAGGGGAUCUCGAAGGCUGGACGAAAUGGAAGGUCUGGAUCUGGAGGGAGCAUGGCGUCGGGCCCUCGUGGUGCAUCGCUUGCUCCGUCGUUGGCUCCGUCCUUUGGAGGCCCAGGCAGCUUCAGCUCGGAACUCAAGAGCAUGCAGUCCCGCAGUGCGACCCCACGAGCCGAUACAACUUACGCACGCAGAGCCAGCAGAUCAAUCGGCGAAGAUGAUCUACCGACGACCGAGGAGCGCCAAGAUUACCUACGAGACAAAAUAGCGAAGGAAAUGAAGAUCAAGACCGGAACUGAGAAUAUGCUGGAAGCCCUAUAUGCGAAGCCACUUAAACAAACCAAAGAACAGCGACUUCGAGUGGAAUCGGAAUUGAGUACCUCCAACCGCAAAUUAGCCGAAUUACAACAUGAGCUUGAGGAGGAGGUUUUGCGUGCGCAGGAGCCAUCUGCGACCCCCCCCACGCAGCCGCCUCUCGGGAUUUUUUUCGAGGAAGCCCUCUACGAUCGCCGUCACGGAACAAGAACGGGACUAACUCAUAUGAAGAGGACCCCCCCGGAAGACGGCGAGGGGGAUAUGGAAUCUCCGACCUAUGUGCUUAGCGAGACUCUUCAAGCAUUGGAGAUCGAAGGCAUGUCGCCUGAUUUCUACGUGGAACGGGCUAACAGCUUAGUGGAGCUCUUCACGAGACACCCAACCCUCAAGUAUGACCUUGCAUGGCCUGUGUUUGGCCUCCGUGUCCAAGUAAUGCUUUUGAGCGACAGUAAAGAAGUUGUGGCUGCUGGCUAUCGACUAACACGCUACGCCAUUGCCGACCGAAAAUCGCUGCAAACUAUUCGUGAGCUGCACACUGAUGAACUUGUCAUUUUGUCUCUAGUCAAGGAGAGCAAAGCUAGCAUCGAACGAGAGCAGGCUCUCAAAUUCGUGCGAGCAUUUCUAGACGUGAAGGACGGCGUUAAAGAAAUUUCCCGUGCCAUUGUCAGGACCAUCGUGUCCAUUGCGGAGCAUCAUGAAGAUCGUCUGCGUAACAUUUCAAUCAUGACUUUGGCGGAGAUGCUGGUCAAAGACCCCAAUCUUGUGGCUUCCGCGGGCGGUUUCUCCGCUCUUCACGAUGCAUUAUCCGAAGGAACCUUUGGCGCCUCGGAAAGUUUGAUAUCCAGUUUCCUCCAUGUAUUGGAUACACCGCGCAGCCGUCAAUAUCUACAGGGCUGCGAGCUUGAAGCUGUUCUGGCACCCUUUACUGACUCGCUUGCGGAUUCCUUCCGCAAUGGCCGGUUAAAAUCUGCCGCUCGUGCCAUAUCUGUGAUGCUUAAAACGUGGCCGGGUCUUGUGAUCCUUGCACGCCAUGAAGCUAAGCCACUCCGCUCUCUUCUCGAGUCACUUCGAUACCCGGAUCCCCAAGCACGAGAUCUGAUUAUGGAGUUAAUAUUCGAUGCCCUGCGGAUCAAACCGCCAUCCUGGUCAUCAUCUUUCUUAGCAGGAAGGAGACUGACAACUUAUGGUCGCGUGUCAAACCUCCGACUGGACACUGACCGGAAACAUGCAAGGUCAUUUUCCGGUAGUGGCCCCAACAAAUUCGAUUUGACAGCGCACUUCUCGACUCUCAUUCUUGCGGCAUUGGUCGCUGCUGGCCUACCUGAGGCAUUAUCAGAACUUAUCGAAGAUGAGGAAGAUCCGUCUUUACGAAGAAAAGCGACUCUUCUAUUAACGGAAGUGCUGAAACUGGCUCAUCACUCAUUACCAGCAAACGUCAGCGCGAAAUUACAAGUUCUCCCUCAUCUAAUUUCCCCAGCUGUUCAUCAUGAAACAGAAAACCACGAUGUCUCGACGACCACAAUUUUCCAGAUUGAAAGCAUCAACCGGACAUUGGCUCGCUCUGGAGCGGUGCCGAAUGGCGUGGGGCGAUACAACGUGGACACCGAUAUUUCAACUUCCUUGUUACCAAGUGAGCAGGGGAAAGAUAAGCUCAGCCCAGCUAUGGACGAGACUCAGUUUCGGAACGCUAUCCUGGAGACGCACGUGUUGAAUACCGUGAACUUCAACAAGUGGAAGUGGGAUCUGAUUCAUCGUCUCCUUGAAGGUCCCCUGACAAAUCCAAAGCGGAUGGACGAGGCGAUCAAAGGUUCGAAGUUCAUGAAACGCCUCCUCGGCUUCUACCGACCUUUCAAAUACCGGUUCGCUCUGAUCCCAAACACAAAACCAAAUCAACGCUACGUGAGGACUGGCUGUGCCCUGAUGCGCACCCUUGUCCAAACCCCAGAAGGCACCAAGUACCUGGCGGAGAACAAGUUUCUACGGCAGGUUGCCGAAUGUCUUGCACAACUCGACCGUAUGAGUGGCCUAACGUCGGAAUCCCCACUAUUCUCUCGAGAGCAAAUGGCGAACACGCUGAGCGGCGGAUAUUUCGCAAUGCUGGGCACAUUAAGCGCCGAUGCGAAUGGACUGCUUAUGAUGGAACGAUGGCAUAUGCUGAACAUGUUCUACCAUAUCAUUGAGCUGCAGGAUCGAAACGACCUCAUCCAGACCCUUCUAGGGAACAUGGAUUAUAGUCGAGAGAGCCAUUUACGUGUGAUGCUGUCGAAAGCAUUAACAAUUGGAUCCAAGGAGAUUCGAAUUUUCGCCACCAAGCUCCUCCGCAAAUACGCCGUUGGAGAUGUUACGAUCUCCUUACAGGUGGCAAUCAGCAACGCCGAAUGGGUUGUGAAACUCCUUGUUACCCAAUUAUACGACCCCGAUGUCACGGUUUGCCAGAUUGCGGUUAAGAUUCUGGAAGAAGCAUGCAACCAACGUGAUUAUCUGGAAUUCGUGGUCAAAUGUCGCCCGUCUUUGGACCAUCUUGGAGAGAUUGGGGCGCCACUUCUCUUGCGCUUCCUCUCAACUUCGGUUGGUUAUCACUAUCUGGAUGGGCUGGACUAUAUCACCCAAGAGAUGGAUGAUUGGUUCCUUGGUCGCAAUGAUUCCUAUGUCGGUCUUGUGGAAGCCGCUCUAUCACGUGCUUAUGUUGACCAGCCACGGCGUGGUAGCUUUGUACCAGAGGACUUUGUUGAGCUUCAAGACAUCGGUGUUGUUCCGCCUCACUUUUACCGAGAACUUGCAAGGACAGCGGAGGGUUGUAAACUCUUAGAGCAAUCUGGGCAUUUCAACGAGUUUGCUUGGACAAUUCGCGACUUCCGCCUCAAUGAGGAGGACCAGGAGGCUUUGCUGAAGGUCAAAGGUUGCCUCUGGGCUGUCGGAAAUGUCGGUUCCAUGGAACUUGGUGCUCCCUUCCUGGAACCAGAGAUUGUUCAGCAUAUUAUUGCGAUUGCCGAAAGCGCCGGUGUCCUAACGAUGCGAGGAACUGCGUUCUUUGUUUUGGGCUUGAUAUCACGAAGUCGACACGGGCUUAAUGUCCUGCGGAGUCUCGGAUGGGAUUCGGCCAUCGACCAGGGUGGCGAUUCACUAGGCCUGUGUCUGCCAGUUGACUUUAGGAAGCUGUUCUUGGUUUCUUUUCCUGGUUAUAAUUCCAAAUCGAAACGCACCCCGCAGACCAAGCUCAAGGAAGCAACCACCGAUGCGGAUCCCACCAAUGAAAAAAUCCUCAAGCUCAUCGUGGAUAUGGGUAAUACCGUCUUGUCAAAACGAUCUGCUUCGGAUCUCAACAAUAUCAAAACCAAAGAGCCUGAGCGAUUUCACCAGGUUCAUCUCUUUCGAAAGACUCUAUGUAUCCUUGAGAGUCACCAUUUCCGACUUCCUUCCCGGCGGUUUUCCCUCGAUCUAUUUGACAAGAGUGUGAUGCGGCGCAUUGUCUUCGACGAGGAUUCCGAGUCUGAUUCCGACUCGUCAGUCUAA